GAUGCGCAUAUGCGCGCAGCGAGACGACGCAGCAUACUACUGCGCACGCCGAGCCGCAUCGGUGCUUGCACGUUGCCAGUGAUAGCGCACAGCAACACUGCAGCAGCGCUCGACGCCGUCGACGCGCAAGCGAGCAGUAGCAAUACAAUAACUGCAGCAACCAUGGGCCGCACGCGACCGACAAUAGGCAACAAGCAGCAGCGCGCCAAGAUCUGGGCGCGCGAGAAGACGCAGAAGCGCGAGGAGAAGGACAAGCGGAAGGAACAAAGACGGAAGAAGCGGAGCCGCCAGCACGAUUUAUUAAGGGACGGCGGCGAGCUGGGCGAGGGCCUCGAGCCCGCGCUGCAGCCGCGCACGCUGGAGAACACGCGCGAGGAGGAGCCGACGCGCGUGUUGGAGGGGGACGCCGAAAUCUUGCGGGACGAGGCCGACGACGAGUUCGCGGCGCACGAGUACCGCGAGGGGUUUAGUGGCGAGCCGCACCCGGACUUCGUGCCGCCGAAAGUCCUCGUCACCACCAGACCGCGGCCGUCGAAGGAAUUGUUUCGGUUCGUGGCCGAUUUAAUAAGCGUCGUGCCGAACGCGUUCUUCUACCCGCGGCGGCACUUCAGCGUGCAGGACAUUUGUAGGAAGGGGUCGGAGCAGAACUUUUCUCACGUCAUCGUCUUGUCGGAGCGCGCGAAGAAGUGCAACGGUCUCAUACUCUCGAAGCUGCCCCACGGCCCGACGGCCUUCUUCAAGGUGAGCAACGUGCAGGUCUCGGACAGCGUCCCGGGCGCGGGGCGGCGGACGGAGCACCAGCCCGAGAUCCUGCUGAACAACUUCACGACGCGGUUGGGGCGGCGCGUCGGCCGCAUGCUGUCGUCCCUGUUCUACAGCAAGCCGGCGUUCCAAGGCAGGCAGUGCGUGACCUUCCACAACCAGCGCGACUACAUUUUCGUCAGGCACCACCGGUACAUCUUCGAGGAGCGGCCCGUCGACAAAAGGAAAAGAAAAGUCAUCGCGCGGCUCCAGGAGCUCGGGCCGCGCUUCACGUUACGAUUAAGGUGGCUCCAGGACGGCACCUUCGACACGAAGUUCGGCGCCUACGAGUGGCUCCACCGGCGCAAGCAGAUGGACGUGUCGCGGCGCAAGUUCCACCUUUGAUUAACCUUGUGUCACGU